AUGCCUUCUUCUUCUUCUUCUUCUUCUUCUUCAUCAUCUCGUCUAUACAGGUACGAUGUCUUCCCAAGCUUCUCUGGUCAAGAUGUCCGUAGAACUUUUCUCAGCCACUUUCUUGAAGGGUUGAAAAAUAAGGGAAUCAAAACGUUCAUAGAUAAUGGGAUCAUGAGGAGCGAGUCAAUCAACUCUGAGCUUGUAAGAGCUAUCAGAGAAUCAAGGGUCUCUAUCGUGAUACUAUCUAAGAACUACGCUUCUUCGAGCUGGUGUCUAAACGAGUUGCAGCUGAUCAUGGACUGCAGAGCUUCCUUAGGACGAACUGUGAUGACUAUUUUCUACAACGUGGAGCCUUCUGAUGUGAGAAAGCAGACUGGAGAUUUCGGAAAAGCGUUUGAGGAAAAUUGUUAUGGGAAAACAGAGGAAGAGAAACAGAGAUGGACACAAGCUUUGACUCAGGUUUCAGUUAUUGCUGGAGAACACUCUGUUUCAUGGGCUAGUGAGGCUGAGAUGAUAUCGAAGAUCGUCAUGGAUGUUUCUAACGAGAUGCCAUCAACGGAUUUUGAUCAUUUAGUUGGAAUUGAAGCUCACGUAGCAAAGAUGAAAUCGAAGAUAUGUUUAGAAUCCGACGAGGUGAAGAUUGUGGGGAUCUGGGGUCCUGCUGGUAUUGGCAAGACGACCAUAGCUAGAGCUUUAUACAGCCAAGUUUCAAGUUACUUCCAACUCAAGUUUUUUAGAGAGCCAGCUUGGAAGACUGGCUCUAACACAACGGGAUUGCAACACGAGUUGCUGUCUGGAAUGUUAGACCAUAGAGACAAGAAGAUAGCUAACAAAAAAGAGGCGCACGAUAGGUUAAUGCACCAGAGAGUCCUUCUCGUUCUUAACCCUGUCAGUUCAGUGGAGCUACAAGGUUUGCGGAAUCUGAUUCAGCGUCUUAGUUUUGGAAGCAAGGUGAUCGUGACGAAUGAGAUUUUAUCUACGUUGAAGAAUAACGAAAUCGAGCAGAUAUACAAAGUUACGUAUCCAUCAAGCGAAGAGGCUCUACAGAUAUUCUCAUACUCUGCGUUUGGGCAAAGCUCUCCACCAAGAGGUUACUCGGAGCAAGCUGUUGAAGUAGCAAACCUUAUUGCUCCUUUUCCACUUGGUCUUAAGAUCUUAGGCUCGGCUUUACGUGGAAAGAGCAAAGAAGAGUGGAACAUGGCACCGGCUAAAUUUAAAACCUAUGUUAACAACGAUACCGAUAUUGAGAAAGCUAUUAGAUUCGCUUACGAUGGUUUGGAUAAGAGACAUAAACUGAUAUUUGGUUCGUUAAGAGAGUCUAGACUAUGGGGAAAGAACGUGAACGAGGCCAUAGUCUCGCUUUCGGAGAGGGACUGGAACGUGGAGAAAGGGAUUCAAACCCUUGUUGAUACGUCUCUCAUCUCUAUAUCUGAGGAAGGAGAACUCAUGAUGCACUAUUUGGUACAUGCCAUGUGUAAAAGGUUACUUUGGUUUCUUUAAGUAUCACCGAG